UCUUCUCUACGUCGCGCCCGCCCGCCCGGGUGUGUGCGCUGCUGAUUGCGGGCGCAGCGACAUCAUGCCGUUGGAGCGCUAGACACGCCGUUUUAAAGGGCUAGCCUCACUGUGCUGUGCCGUUCUCUCUCUCUCUCUGCCUCCCUGCCUGCUGUGUGCUGCUGAUUCAUCACGAUUAGGUGGUUAGCCAGCCUGCCAGCCAUAGGCUACAUGCACAAGCCAUGCCAACCACACUGAGUGGGGGCUUUCAUAGAUAAAGUAGACAAAGAAAGGGCUUGCUUGUCAUACGUAGGCUAGGCUAUAGCAUCGCACUACAGUGCAGAGAGAACAACAUGUGUGGCGGUUGGGAAUAUUUUUGAUAACUUCAUUGCGAGAUAGAUUGAUCAUAUCGAGAGUUACGGGGGGACUGGGAAUCCCCCCCUGGUUUUCAGAAAUCAGAUAUCGUAAAUCGGUUUACAUAGAGUAGCCUAGCUAGAGAAGGAAGAGGAAGAUAUAGCGUGGAUUCGAGGUGUGUAGCCGAGUUGGAACUGUCUAGAAAACGUGGUUAUAGGUUAGGUGGCUGGAGAGAUUCACAGCAGAAGAACUGUCCGAGUGUUCGAGUGCUGAAACGGAAGCAACCGGAGCGGAGCGGAAAACGGGCCGCACUGGAUAGGGACGCAACAACCGCGAGCGCGGUCAGCGUGUGUCUGUCUGUUGCUAUUUCAGAGGAAGGAGAGAUGGAGGGUCGAGAGAAGGGAUUAAAAAACUAGUGGAGCUCUGAGGUGUGUCCAGAGGGGGGUGGUUCUCGUGGCAUGUCGACCACUAACAAGGGAAACAAGGCCUUGAAGGUGAAGAGGGAGCCGGGGGAGAAUGGGACCACCCUGACAGAUGAUGAGCUGGUGACUAUGUCCGUCCGGGAGCUCAACCAGCACCUCCGCGGCCUCACCAAGGAUGAGAUCCUGCAGCUUAAACAGCGCCGGCGCACCCUGAAGAACCGUGGCUAUGCCGCCAGCUGCCGGGUCAAACGGGUCACCCAGAAGGAGGAGCUGGAGAAGCAGAAGUCACAGCUUCAACAGGAAGUGGAUAAGUUGGCGUCGGAAAACGCCAGCAUGAGGGCGGAGCUCGAUCACCUGAGGUCGAAGUACGAGGCGCUACAGAGUUUCGCAAGGACUGUGGCGAGGAGCCCAGGGGUGGGGUUAGGGGUCGGGGGUCAGAGGGGAGGUGGUGGGGUUGGGUCGGUGAUCGGGCCACUCAUAUCGGGGAAAGUGGCAGCGACGAGUGUCAUCACGAUAGUGAAGUCGAAAAAGGACGCGCGGUCUUAGUAGCGGGCUGUGUCAAGGAGGGAUGAGAGGAAAAAGGGAGGGAAAGGAGAGGAGGAGAGGAAGCUAAUUAGGACUAUUUAAAAAUGAAACCAUUGGUCAGUGCAUUGUCAUUGAGCACAGGACAGAAUUGAAUCAGGUGAGGUGGCCCCCCUUUGAGAAAAUAUCACGCCCUGGAUAGUAAUUACUGUGUUUCUACUGUUAUUUUGUAACUGUUGUACACAAGGUCCAAAGUUGUAAUUUUUAUGUAAUGUAGUUAUGCGUGUGUUGUGUCAUGGAAUACUGUGAACUUCAUCCGUGGCCGACGUUCGUUUUGGUAUCAUUCUAUUUGGCCGUGUUUUCUCUGAAAACAAUUAUUUUUUACCCAAUGGGCUUCCGUACUCACAGGCACUUCCUUGUUUUGCAGAAACAGCUUGCAGAGCCAUCAAUUUAUUUAAUUUUUUAUCAUAAAAAUUACAGAGAAUUGUAUUUUGUAACGGCUCAUUGCACAAGAGAGACAAGAUACUUUCAGAAAAGUGAGGGUCUUCAGGAAGAGGUUGUUUUGGUUAUUUCACUUUUCUUUUGUACUUUUCACCCUUUUUUCUCCCCAAUUGGUAGUUACAGUCUUGUCCCAUCGCUGAAACUCCCGUACGGACUUGGGAGAGGCGAAGGUCGAGAGCCAUGCGUCCUCCGAAACAUGACCCUGCCAAGAACCAGAAGCCUGCCGCACCAAUGUGUCGGAGGAAACACAGUACAACUGCCGACCGAAGUCAGCAUGCAUGCGCCUGGCCCACCAUAGGGAGUCGCUAGAGCACGAUGGGCCAAUUGUGCGCCGCCUCAUGGGUCUCCCAGUUGCGGCCAGCUGCGACACAGCCUGGGAUCGAACCCUUGGUCUGUAAUGACGCCACUCGGGAGGCCUAAAGAGGUUGUGUUUUAUUACAGAUACCUGUGUGUUUACCUGUGCUUAAUGUUAUGCACUGACCAAUUAUCACCAUAUUACCAAUCUCCAUACAGGCCAGAGGGGUCUAGGCAUCUAAUCGCCAAGUGUUGUCCUGUUCCUGUCUGUCUUGGAGUUGUGUACAAUACUGUAGUAUUAGCUAUCGGGAUUACAUUGACUGACACGUGUUUAUGUGACUAGGCAAUUACUCCAUUCAAAAACUAACUGAAAAAUCAACAUUUUAGUCAAAAAUGUAUAGAAUUUAAAUAUUGUCAAUUUUAAUGUUUUUCAAAUUUAUUGUUAGAUUUUAUUUUGUUUGGUUUUUUGGGAAUGGCAAUAACAUACUAACGUUACCAUGACUAUGAGGUAUUUUGUUGACAUGGCCAAUAUUUCAACUGUCAAAAUUAAUUAUUUAAAAAUCAUUUUUAUUUUCAGUUUUUAAAAUAGUGGACUGUUCAAUCUGUUAGUUGGGUGUAAUUCUCACAAGUUUUACCAUAAAGUUAUCAGUGUGAGUGACGUUACGUAUUCUUCAAAGGAUUCUUUGUCUACAUAUGGUCACAUCUUGAAUUUUAUAAAUUACAUAGAGUAUCUUUACAUUAUUUAUAAAAGACCUUUAAAAAAUAAUCAAGGAAAAAAUUGUUUGAUAUCUCCUCUUUUUUGCAAUUGUACCAAAAGUGGCUUAACUAUUGAAGUUGAUAGCUUUGUUUUUCUAGUGACUAGGCGCGUGUGGUUGUUAUGGUGACCGUGAGGCUAGCGCGUGGUGGUGUGACGUUGUAAUGUACAGUACGUGACGAGGUAAUGAUAAUAUUAUUGUUCACUAUGUUGUCGUUAUGGAUACGUGAUGCUGUUUUAAUUUAAAGCGGGUGAUGUAAUCGAAGGUACCUAUGCUCAGCCCAUAUCCUUAUGUAGUAGUGGUGGUUGUAUUAAUUGACAAUGUUUAUUAAUACUUAAUGCACGUGUUAUUAAUGUUAUAAACAUGCAUUACAUAAAUUACAAAGUCUCUCUGAAUAGGAACUGUUUAUUUAGCAUCUCAAUAAAACGUCUAAAUGUAUAAAAGCCUGAAUAUUCCAAAUGAGUUAGACAAACUGGGAGAAUAAAGAGAUUGGGUACAAGAUACAGCGUAUCCUAGGAUACCCAAACUUCUGCAAGGGUGUAAAGACUGGGAUAUGGACCUACGAUUACAUCACCCGUGCUCUUUGAAUAAGUUAUAUUUUUGUGACGUGAUUUAUAUAAUUCUUUUAUUUUCUGUGUAUAUAAUUUAUAUGUGUUGAUAUGUUUCAUGCAGACUGCAUUGCUGAUGUUUUCGUUCGUUUGUUUAUCCUAUUCUGUAAAUGCCAGGGAAGUAACACUGUUGUCUGCUAUCUGUUUAUAUAGGGGCCGGGUCAUAGAAAUCCUGUCAUUCAAGAAUUAUAGAAUGCAAGUUUCCCGUACCGAGAUGGCCCAUUUCCAUUCUACUGUUCAAUAUAAUUCUGUGGGCCGGGUAUGGUUUGGUCUGUCUAAAAGCAAGGUUUUCCCACAGACAUGAAGUUUGUUACAGCAUUUUUUUGCCUGUCCAGUUUUACCCACGUAGGUUCUUUUGUUAUUUGGGUACUUAGUUGAAUUAUCCGCAACUUCUAGAGUACAAAUGAUCAAUUUCCACGUGGUUUUAUAAUCACCCUUCUAUUGCCGUUAACUAGAUAUCAAACCUAGACAGUAUUGAAUAUUUUUUGCUUCAUCUUCAUAAUAGGUUGGGGAAACCCUGCCAUAGGCUUUAAUGGAAGUUACUGCUGUGCAGUAGAUGGGAAUGCUCUGAUCUCUCUCUCUUUUCACACAGUAGCUAAAUGGGGAGGAAAGGGGGGAAGAAGGGAGGAGCAAAGGGGGUGUUAAAAGUACAAAAACUGUUAAAGCCACAGGAAUGGUUGCACUGAUAACCCAUCUGCAGGUUUGAUCAACCGAGAAAGUACAGAGUGCUGCAAAUAUCGACUGAAAAUGUUUGAGAAGAAAUAACCCUUUUCUUAUCUCUUUAACGUUGAAACUCACCCAUCUGGCAUUUAGGUGUAUGUACUGUAUGUAGUGAUAUAUAUGUAAAAAUAUCUAUUUUGAUUCUCUUUUAAAUGGGCAAAAAAUAUAUAUUGUUUGACUGGUGAUCUGUGAAAUUGUUCUGAUGGAGUUUUUGGACCUUGUAAUCUCUCUCUCCUCCCCCCAUUUGCUUUUGUAACUUCUGAUGUUGUUAUUCUACUUUUGAUUGUGGCAAGUCCUGUCGCGUUUCAACAUUCUGUGAGCAAUGUGUUAAAGGUUUUUGGAGAAACAUUUUAAUAUACUCAAAUUAGAUAACGUAAAGCAAAAAGUGCCACCAGCAAGUUAUAUUAGUUCAGUUUGUUUAGUUUUGAUUGUUUUGUUGAUUUGUUCCUCUUGUUGUCGAGCACACAUGAAUGUUGUCGUGGUGACUGUUGUCAAGUGAACGUCUAUAUAUGCAAAAACUGGGUGGGGCUUGAGGAAGGAGGCGGAGCUAGAACUGCUAGAGCUUGAUGAGUAGUGAUGUCGUGGUUGGUCGUCUAAAAGUUGUUGUCAGCUUAAUAAACUGCAGGUACAGUGUGACUGAGGUCAAUAUCUUUUAUACAAAGUGCUUAUCUAUAUAACCCCCCUCCCCUCCCCAUAACACACCACAUGUUGGGUCAACUGGUGAGCAUGACUAUAUGACUCCCAAAUGACACCCUAUUCCCUUCAUAGUGCACUACCAGGGCCCUGGUCAAAAGUAGUGCACUAUAAAGGGAAUUAGGUGUAAUUUGGGACACAGUCUGUGUGUGUGUCUCCAAAGUAUACAAUGAUCAGUGAAAAGCUAUGAAAACAAGUAGUAGAGUUUGUGAAUAUGGAAAAUAUUAGUAACAAAUUACCUGGAAAUGUAAAAAAAUCUGUGUUUUGUAAAAUGUUCUCUAUGGGGUGUAAUACAUUAUUAUAUCGCAGUGUCACAGUACUUUGUAUGGGGAAACACUCUAAAGUGACAGUGAGUCCAUUUCAUUGUAAGUAUUUAUUAAUUCAUAACUAAAUUAUUGUACUUUUUUUGCUAUUUGUAGAUAAGUAAUGCUGAUGUAUUGGUAACCAUGGGAAUUAACUGUUUUGUCAUCGAUCCUUUAAUUUAUUGAUGUACAUACUGUAUUGUUUGUUGAUAAACAGUUGACUUUAUUUUGUAUAUGACCAAUAAACACAAUUUGAAGAGG